AUGGCGUCUAGUUCUCCUAACCUUGAAGGUUAUUUGGCUAGAGCCACCGCACAAGAUGGUGUUAGGGAACGCCAUCGCUUGGAACUAAGGCAACAACAUGGUUUCUCAGCGGGGACAAGUAAUUCAUUUGAGCGCCUUCCGGAUCGUCAGAUAGUAGAUCCCGUUCGUAGGAGGAUGCCCAACAAAUCAAUCCGUAAACUCGUUCAACAGUUCCUUCUUCUUGAAACGCUAUCGUUUCGGCCUCUGAAGGAGUUGGGAAUAGCUAUUGGUCAGAUAUGCCCUAUCACACUUAAAAUAGUCCAUUUGAUCUACUUGAUUUGGAAGAUAGCGGGCUUGAUUGUUCCUUCUCGCGUCGAAAUACUUUAUUUCUUCGCUCUCAAAUAUUCUCAAAGAGAUCAUUGCCAAGGGACUGUUUACUUGACUCUGCGGGAUUCUGGCCAUCUCAAGUUGUUUGAUGUUCCUGAUUUUGGCUCUUCCUGGCGCUCUAGUGUCUUUGUCGCGGUGUCUAGUUGGGAAAAAGACUCGAGCUGUGCUUCUCAAUAUCACACAGGGCUUGAAGUGUUACAUCUUGAUAUUCCGAUCGCUUCUGAUUGGGAACUUUAUUGUUGCAAAAGAAUUGUUGCAGUAAUCAAAGAGUUUGGAACGUUUGAUUUUCAGCACAUGUCUUCCAUUCCGGUUUUGGCGAAAUUUGGGCUUGCGCACAUCCCUAGUAAAACAUCUGAACCAAUUUUGGGCGGAAUUGUUCCUCUUGGUGCGAUUAAAGAUCAACAUGUUCGACGAUUCGCUCGCGAAGGAUCCCAAUUGAAGUCUUGUUCGGCGAGUUCUGCUUCAUCAUUAUUAAACAAUCUGGGUUCUAAAGAUUCGCCUAUCAUUGUGGAUGAGUAUGGGUCGAAUCGUGGUCAGACUUUGGAAGAAGGGGAAAUUCUUGUCCCUGUUCCACUGCGGAAUGAUGCUCGCUCAAAAAUGGUUGUGGAGAAUAAGAGGAAAAAAAGGAGUAAAAAGCAUGUUGUGAAGAAACAGAGACAUGCCAGUGAUGUUCAACUUGUAGAUUUAUUAGAAGCUUUGGGUUGCUCUGUCCCGACGGAAGGUCAAAAGGCUGCUCAAUUGCAAGAGACUGAAAAAGAAUUGGCUCGUGUGAAGAAGAUUAUCAGGACAGUAAAAAACGAGAAAGGUAAGAUGAAAUCCUUUGUCAAUUUUACCUCUCGCCGGGAGGCUAUGCUAGAGAAGAAAUGCCGUAAUCAACAAGAGUUGAUUAAUUCUACCCGUACAGACCUUCAGGAGUCAGAGAAGAAAGUGGCAGAUCUUCGCUCAGCUAACCUUGAGUUAUCCAGGUCUCUUGAAGAGGCCAAGCUUCAAUUGUCCAUUGUUCAAGAGAGAAUGUUGGCUUUGACGAAUUAUGUUGUUGUGCUCAAGCGGGGAGAUAGUGUUGAUUCUAUGAUGUCGUGCGUGAUUGAUUUGUAUAAUGAGAAUUCGCGACAACGACGUCAGCAGAAAGGGCCCGUGAUGAACAUACUGCGGAAAUUCGAACGGAUGGCCAAGCGAGCCCAGUAUCGCUUAUUUUUGGAGCAAGGUUUAUUAAAAGUUGAUGACCCUGAGGUAAAACGAACUUUAGAUUCAUGA